AUGGAGUAUUUGAAUAGGCUUCUCUCCAAGAUGCAGCAUAAUCAUAACUUUAACCAUCAUGCCAAGUGUGAAAAGGUUAAGAUCACCAACUUGGAUUUUGCUGAUGAUGUUCUUCUCUUUGCCAUGGCUGAUUGCAAAUCUGUUGAGUUGAUGAUGGAAGCCCUUGACCUUUUUUCUAAGUCCACUGUUCUGAUAGUUAAUCCUAGGAAAUGUAAGGUCUAUUUUGGUGGUGUGGAUGAUGAUAUCAGGAACCAAAUCAUAAGCUUGAUAGGGUUUGAACAAGGGACCUUUCCCUUUAGAUACUUGGGGGUUCCUCUAUCCAGUAAGAAGUUGAAUAUUCACCACUACAUGAGUCUUAUUUAUAAGGUGGUUGGAAAAAUUAAGGCAUUGGAGCAUCUAGCUUCUCGUCUAUGCAUAAAAUAUGUGUCUUUUGUUAUGGCUAACUACUGGAUGUAG